AUGGAGCAAUGCAAGCCAAAGGGUCAACUUCUUGGCGCCGUCAAUGGCGCGGACGCGAUCGGCUCCAUCAGCCUCACCCAGUGCUCCAGGAUCGCGAUGGGAAGCUGCCAGCAGGCGGCCGGCGACACCGCGCCCUGCCAGGACGCCGGCGCGAAGGGGUUCGGCAGCUGCAGCGCAGAGAAAUUCCAGGCCGUGUUCCACAAGAAGGCCGGCGGCUUGUGCCAGCAGUGGGCGCGGUCGGUCACGGACGUCGACCCCGACUCCGGAAAGUGGGCCCCCGCGGGCGGCCGCCGCCUGCUGUAG